GUACUUUAGUCGUAGUUCCGGUUGCAAAAGUGUGAAGAUGUCGUCUUCCCUGUUUAAUUUUCUCGACGCAAAAGCCAAAUUUAUGGUUGCCACCAAAAAUGCCCUUGCUGUUAAAUCCUGCAAACAUUUAAGCACAGCUUUUCACCAGGUCCCCGGAAAUGAGACCGAGAAGAAGACCACACUUGACCAGGCUUUGAGAGGUGUUCUUGGGAAUCAGAUUGAUGAGCAGAAGGCGAAUUGUGAUGACUAUCUUACUCUUAUCUACCUGAGUAUCGACGCUGUUACAGAAGGUAUUUGUUCAGCUACAACUCCUUUUGUCCUGCUUGGGGACGUACUGGACUGCCUUCCCCUUGACCUUUGUGACAGAAUAUUCUCUUUUGUUGAAGAAAAUGUCUCCACCUGGAAAUCGAACUCCUUUUACACUGCAGGGAAGAACUAUUUGUUGAGGAUGUGUAAUGAUCUUUUAAGAAGACUGUCCAAAUCUCAGAAUACAGUAUUCUGUGGGCGAAUCCAGCUUUUCCUGGCACGCCUGUUUCCUCUCUCAGAAAAAUCAGGCCUUAAUCUACAGAGCCAGUUUAAUCUGGACAAUAUAACAGUGUUCAACAAAAAUGAACAAGAAAGCACUUUUGGGCAGAAGAGCACAGAAGAAAAGGAAGAUGGUAUGGAGGUGGAGGAAGGAGAAAUGGGAGAGGAUGAUGCACCAGCCCCAUGUUCCAUUCCAAUUGACUACAACUUGUACAGAAAGUUCUGGACACUGCAGGACUACUUCAGAAAUCCAUUGCAGUGCUAUGAUAAAUUCUCAUGGAUGACAUUCCUUAAGUUCUCAGAUGAGACCUUGGCAGUGUUCAAGAGCUACAAACUGGAUGACAUGCAGGCCUCUAAGAGAAAACUGGAGGAGCUGAGAGCAUCAGAUGGAGAACAUGUUUACUUUGCAAAGUUCCUCACAAGCGAGAAGCUGAUGGACUUGCAGCUCAGCGAUGGCAACUUCAGGCGGCACAUACUACUCCAAUACCUGAUCCUCUUCCAGUACCUGAAGGGUCAGGUCAAAUUCAAAAGCUCCAGCUGUGUGCUGAAUGAUGACCAGAGUACGUGGAUUGAGGAGACAACUAAACUGAUUUAUCAGCUGCUGAGAGAAAUCCCUCCUGAUGGAGACAAGUUUGCCACCAUGGUCGAGCAUAUCCUCAACACAGAGGAGAACUGGAACGCCUGGAAAAAUGAGGGAUGUCCGAGCUUUGUGAAGGAAAGAACAGUAGAUGACAAACCCAAAAGACCCACCAGGAAGAGACAAGCUCCAGAGGACUUUCUUGGAAAGGGGCCAGACCGCAAGAUUUUCAUGGGAAAUGAUGAAUUGACUCGAUUGUGGAACCUGAAUCACGAUAACAUGGAGGCCUGCAAGUCAGACAGCAGAGAGUUUAUGCCAUCACUGGAUGAGUUCUUUGCAGAAGCCAUUGAGCAGGCUGACCCAGCCAACAUGGUGGAGGAGGAGUACAAGGUUGUGCGUAAUGCAAACUAUGGCUGGAGGGCUUUGAGGCUACUGUCCAGAAGAAGUCCACACUUUUUUCAGCCAACUAACCAGAAGUUCAAGAGUCUGGCAGACUACUUGGACAGCAUGGUUAGCAAACUAGCUAAAGAGCUGCCGAAGGACAUCCCCUCUGAAGAAAUCAAGACAGGAGAAGAGGAUGAUGACGAUAACGGAGACAAUCUUCUCAAAGACAGCAAUGACAGUCCAAGUAUUCAGAGCAAAAUUGUGACAAAUCAGCAGAUGGAUGACAUUGCUGCCAAACUGGGUGCCCAGUGGAAGAUGCUGGCUACUCAUUUGGAGAUGAAGGCAGCAGAGUUGCGGGAAAUUGAGACAGACAGCGAGGAUGCCGACAUGCAAGCCAAACUACUGCUCGUAGCCUGGCAGGACAGAGAGGGAACACAAGCUACUGUGGAGAGCCUGGUCGCAGCUCUUAAUGCUGCAGGGUUCUCACAAAUUGCAGACAGCCUCAGUGAGGCUUAAAAUAGACUGUUGUUCAAUCUUUACCUUCAUUACAUUGUCUCAACACACAUUUUUGUACUUAGUAUAGGUUCAGUUUUUUUCACUGUAGAAAAACAAAUAAAUGUUUUUUUCCCGUAUAAAUAACUGACUGUGCUCA